AUGACCCCGCCACCAAAGUCAGCACUCGAGUCUGACCCCGCCGUCGGUGCACAAAGGAGGUUCUCCGUCACCGGAAACGCCGUUGUUACUGGGGGCGCCGGCGUCCUCGGUCUCCAUGCUUGUGACGCCCUCCUGGAGCAUGGCCUAGAGGGUCUCAUGAUCUUGGACGUCAACCCUGCCCAGUCGCAGGGGCAAAUCACCAGCUUGCAGAACAAGUUUCCCAGAGCCAAGAUCAUGGCGCUAAAAGUCGAUGUCACGGACGAGAAUGUUGUCAACGCGGCCAUGGAAGAAACGGCACGGGUUCUAGGAUCCAUCGACACUUUGAUCUGCUUCGUUGGUGUUGUAGGGUGCGUCGAGACAUUAGACAUGCCAGUUCCUCAGUGGCGAAAAAUCCUUGAUAUCAACACCACGGGCUCUUUCAUCUGCGCACAGGCCGCGGCUCGACAGAUGGUGAAGCGAGGUAGAGGAGGCUCCAUCGUGUUUGUGGCGUCCAUCUCUGCCCACCGUGUCAACUAUCCUCAGCCCCAGGCAGCAUACAACGUGAGCAAAUCGGCUCUUCUCAUGCUCAAGAGUUGUCUCGCUGCCGAGUGGGCUCGGUAUGGGAUUCGGACGAAUAGCAUUAGCCCGGGAUACAUGGACACUAUCCUAAAUGAGGGAGAUGGGAUCGCGGAGCACCGUAAGAUCUGGGCUGAGCAUAACCCUAGUGGGAGAAUGGGCGCUCCUUCGGAGUUGACGGGGACUGUCGUGCUUCUUGCAAGCUCGGCAGGAAGUUACAUCAAUGGUGCUGACAUUGUUGUUGAUGGGGGUGGAAUUGUUCUGUAA